AUGGACGCAUUGGACGGAGUAUCGCCGAAGAAGGUCUUCAAACCCUAUUGGAGAAUGACACUCGCCAAAUCGUCGUGUUGGGAAAGGCCAGAACUGACGCCGGCCGUUGUAGCCGAACCGUAUCGGAAACCGAUGCUCGCAAAGCCGUCGUGCUGGAAGCCGCCACCGACGCCAACUGUUGUUGCCAAACCCUAUUGGAGACCGUUGCUGGCCAAGUCGUCGUGCUGGAAGCCGCCACCGACGCCGACAGUUGAGGCCAAACCAUAUGGGAGACAGAUGCUCGCAAAGUCGUCGCCUCCAUGGUGGAAUCCGCCACCGACGCCGACCAUUGUAGCCAAACCGUAUUGGAGAAUGAUGCUGGCCAAGUCGUCGUGCUGGAAGCAGCCGGAACAGACACCGACCGUUGUAGCCGAACCAAUUCGGAGAUCGAUGCUCGCAAAGUCGUCGCCUCCGUGGUGGAAUCCGCCACCGACGCCGACCGUUAUAGCCAAACCGUAUUGGAGAGUGACGCUUGCAAGGUCAUUGUGGUGGAGACGGCCACCGCCGCCUCUUGUCGCCCAAGCAGCUUAG